AUGACUUCCAGCAUGAAAGCCCAAGACCUCGCAACCCUCCUCUCCGGCUUCGCCAAACAGUUCCCCUCCGACGGCAACCCGCUCCUCGAACGAGCAGUCUACGACCAAGUCCACAAAGCCGGGACAGAGUGUCCCGGCGUCUCGUACGAACAUGUUGAAGUCGCUAGACGGCCUGCUAUCUGGGUGAAGCCGGAGGGGGCGAAGGAGGGGAGAGUGAUUUUGUUUAUGCAUGGUGGCGGCUACUCCUUUGGCUCUCCUAACGGGCACCGCAAACUCACCGCCCACCUCGCAAAGGCCUGCAACACUCUCGCUCUAAGCAUCGACUACCGCCUCACGCCCGAGCAUCCCUUUCCAGCACCACUGGAUGACUGUGUAAAUGCCUACAAAUGGCUCCUUGAGCAAGGCUUCAAGGCCCAGCACAUCAUCACAGCCGGCGACUCUUGCGGUGGAGGCCUUGCAACGGCCGUACCUCUCGCGUUGAGGGAUCAGGGCAUUGGGCUACCUGGUGCGGCAAUAAGUCUCUCACCUUGGUAUGAUAUGACGCUCUCUGGGGAGUCUAUGAAGACCAACGAGGAGAAUGACGUUCUGAAUACUGUUGCCUUUGUGAACAAGCUUGCGGAUCGGUACACUGCUGGCGAGAAGGCGUUGAGGACGAACCCGCUCUGCAGUCCGAUCUUCGCGGAUCUGAAGGGAAUGCCACCACAUUGGAUUUCUUGUGGUGGUUAUGAUCAGUUGCUGGAUGAUGGCAAGCGGGUGGCGGGGAAAUUGCAAGAAGCGGGUGUGGAGGUUGUGUUAGACGUCGGUGAGGGCCAACAGCAUGUCUAUGAGUUCGGGGUGGGAAGGAUGAGGGAGGCCGAUGAGAGUGUUAAGAAGAUUGGGGAUUGGGUCAAGGAAAAGGUCGGGUCGUAG